AUGCCUCCUAAACGCAAGGCUACGGACGGCGGUCGGUCAAGCAGGGCUUCGAAACGGGCGACUCCUGUGCCGGGAAUUGAGGAUAUCGGCAGCAGCGAUGAAUACUCGGACUAUGUGGAUGAGAAGGAGGACAAUCUGAAAGGCAAGCUCUCUUAUACAGAUGUCGUGGACAAAUUCUCCCUCGAGUCUUUCAGCAACAAGAAAAACCCGUCUGUUUCGAAACACGAUCCGAACUUUGGUUACAAAGACUUCUCCUCGCUCUCCCUGAAACCGGACCAUGCGAACCGUCCUUUGUGGAUUGAUCCGCUGAAAGGCACCAUCACCCUGGAGAGUUUCUCCCCACUGGCGCCCCAGGCACAAGACUUUCUGACCACGAUCGCCGAACCUCUUUCUCGCCCGACGCACUUGCACGAAUACCGUUUGACUGGGAACAGUUUGUAUGCGGCCGUGUCCGUUGGCCUGCAGCCCGCUGACAUCAUCAACUUCCUUGAUCGGCUGUCCAAGACGCCCCUUCCCGAUACCAUCAAGUCGUUCAUUAUUGACUUCACCAAGUCCUACGGAAAGAUCAAGGUCGUUUUGAAACACAACCGCUUCUUUGUGGAAAGUACGGACCCUGCGAUGCUUCAGAUGCUCCUCCAAGAUGAGGUCAUUGGGCAACAAAGAGUGAAUGGUUCUGAGGGAAUCAUCCAGCAAGCGGCUCCAAAAAUGGGUGGGCUUGUGAUCCCCGGAACCAAGGAUGCUGCUGGUGUACAACAGACCUCGGAGGAAAAGCCAGCGAAUGGCGUCCCGGGCCAAGAUCGAAAAGAGGAUGAUAUUCUUCUCGCUAUUCGUGAUGAUGAUGACGACGAUGAACAAGCCCAAGUGCAUAGCUUCGAGAUUCCGAACGAAGCUGUGGAGUCUGUCAAAGCGCGUUGCCAGGCCAUGGGUUGCCCCGCCCUUGAGGAGUAUGAUUUUCGAAAUGACGAAAUCAAUCCGACUUUGGAUAUCGAUCUGAAGCCCAAUGCCCGGAUUCGGAGCUACCAGGAGAAGAGCUUGAGUAAGAUGUUCGGUAACGGACGUGCAAAGAGUGGCAUUAUCGUUCUGCCAUGUGGUGCGGGAAAGACGUUGGUAGGCAUCACGGCUGCCUGCACGAUCAAAAAGGGAACGAUUGUUCUCUGCACGAGCUCCAUGUCGGUUGUCCAGUGGAGGAAUGAGUUCUUGCGCUGGUCAAAUAUCGACCCUGGUGACAUUGCGAUUUUCACCUCCGACAACAAAGAGAAGUUUCGUCGAUCCACUGGUAUCAUUGUCUCGACGUAUUCAAUGGUAUCUCAAACAAGGGCCCGUUCGCACGAUGCCCAGAAGAUGAUGGAUUGGAUCCAAUCGCGCGAAUGGGGUCUUAUGAUUCUCGACGAGGUGCACGUCGUGCCAGCAUCCAUGUUCCGGAAGGUCACUUCGGCCAUUGCGACGCAAAGCAAGCUGGGUUUGACCGCGACUCUGCUGCGUGAGGACGACAAGAUCAAGGAUUUGAACUUUUUGAUUGGUCCCAAAUUGUAUGAAGCUAAUUGGAUGGAACUUGCUGAGCAAGGUCAUAUCGCCAAGGUCCAGUGCGCUGAGGUGUGGUGUCCAAUGACUACGGAAUUCUACACGGAAUACAUGAGAGAAAAGUCGCGAAAGGCCGCUUUACUUUACAUCAUGAACCCCCGAAAAUUCCAGGCCUGCCAGUUCCUGAUUGACUACCACGAAAAAAGAGGUGACAAGGUCAUUGUGUUCUCUGACAACGUGUACGCCCUCGAACGGUAUGCGCUCAAACUGAACAAAGCCUAUAUCUAUGGUGGGACUCCGCAAAACGAACGAAUGCGGAUUUUGGAAAAUUUCCAACACAAUGAGCAAGUCAAUACAAUUUUCCUUUCCAAGAUUGGAGACACAUCGUUGGAUUUGCCGGAAGCCACCUGUCUGAUUCAGAUUUCCUCGCAUUACGGUUCGCGACGUCAAGAAGCGCAAAGACUCGGUCGAAUCCUGCGAGCUAAGCGCCGCAAUGACGAAGGGUUCAACGCUUUCUUCUAUUCACUCGUGUCCAAGGACACCGAUGAAAUGUUCUAUUCAUCGAAACGGCAAGCUUUCCUCGUUGACCAAGGCUAUGCGUUCAAAGUCAUCACCCACCUCCAAGGCAUCGAGAAUCUGGAAGGGCUCGCAUAUGCCACCCCUGCCGAGCGCCGCGAACUAUUACAGGAAGUCAUGCUGCAGAAUGAGACGUCUGCCGAGGUCGAGAAUGUCACGGACGAUCUCUUUUCGGAGCGCUCCGGCGGACUGAAGGGUAGAACCAGGGGUGGUGUUAAGAGGAGCGCAGCGACUCUUAGUGGGCUGGCCGGUGGCGAGGACAUGGCCUAUAUUGAGUACAACAAGAGUAGGAACAAGCAAUUGAAGGACAAAGCAGGCCACCACCCACUGUUCAGGAAAUUGGAACGCGAGCGCCUGAAGCGGAAGAAGGAGCUUCAAGAUAUCAUUCGGUGA